UGAACCCGUGGUUCAGUUCGGUUAUGUUCGUGUGGAAUCAUUAUAGUUGCAUCGAAUAACGUUUGGUAGUAAUGAUUGUGUGUUCAUAUGUAUGUUGUUGCAAGUAACUAAAAAUGUCGGAGAAUAGAGAACAAGUACUGGCAGACUUUCAGGCCUGCACAGGUAUUGAGGAUGUUGGAGAAGCAAUUUUUCACUUGGAAGAAACAAAUUGGGAUCUACUGGCUGCCAUUAACCGUGUAAUGCCACAGGAGACUCAAACAUUGCCUUCUGAGAUGGAUGUGGAUGUUGAAAUGAUUGAAGAGAUAAAACGAGAACCAUCUAAUUCUGUAAAAUCAAGCCCAGAUGUAACCGUUAUUUCAUGUGUUCGUUCAGAUUGUCCAUUGCCUUUCCAAUUACCUGUAAGCGUCGGUGCUGAUUUCAUUCCUCUGCCAUCCACUUCACAGCCCGAGAGCAGUACAAGACUCCUUCAGUUUCGCAUCCACUUCAGAGAAGAAGUGAUACAAUUGCAGUUACCUGAUACCGGAACAGUAGGUGAUUUGAAGACAUUACUGACAGCCCAGUUGGGAAUUCUUGCAUGUCAGCAAGGUCUUGAAGGAUGGAAACAUUAUCCAAGUUCAGAUCUGACAACACUGGCAAGUCUUAACUUGCCUAAAGAGAACAUACUCUUUCUCACAGUUCCAGACAUUAUGGAGGAUGGUGAAUUGUCUGCAGAAGACUCAAGCACAGCAGAAAGACUAAUACAGCCAUAUACAUUAAAUGUUCACGAUGAAUCACAGCAAAAGAAUUACAGCUUGAAGUUUCUUGGCUCUAAAACUGUGCUGGAGGUUAAAACAGACGUUUAUACACUCACUGACAUCCCUGUGCGACAUCAGGUGUGGACUGGCUGGCCAUCACAACUGAAGAAUGAUAGAACAACUCUUGCGUGUUCAGGAAUUAGACACCCUGUUCACGAGUUUACUGUUAAGAGAGCACCAUUCACUGCACAUCCUAUCAAGGAGAACAAGAAGUUUGUAGUUGAUUUGGCAGAUAGUGACAAUAGUUCUGUAGAAGAAUUUGAAGAUGCUUCAGAGACAUUUACAGAGGAUGAUAUAUUUGUUGAUGUUGAAACAAAGAGGAUGCAACCACUAAUUCCAAAUAAUGUGGAAGAUGAAGUAGCUGGAUGUAUUCACUUUUCGGAUCAGUUUACAAAUCGCUAUGGGGAAUGUCAUCCAGAGUUUUUCCCCGGGUCUUUGGAUGAAGCUGUCAAAGAAGCAUGUUUGAGAUCGGCUAAGGAUAGACGGCUUCUUGCAGUGUACCUCCACCAUGAUGGUAGUGUCCUCACAAAUGUGUUUUGCACUCAGUUAUUAGGCUUUGAAUCUGUUCUUCAAUGCCUUAACAAUCAUUUUGUUGUGUGGGGCUGGGAUCUCACUCAUGAAUCAAACAAGUUAAAAUUCUUGGGAUCUGUGACUAGAACAUUGGGCAGUGUGGCAGCUAUGACAAUUAGGAAUAUAGAAGUGGAAAGACUUCCAGCACUACUAAUUAUAAUGAGAAUGCGGUCAGCUACUGAAAUAUUCACAAUUGUACAUGGUAAUGUGGGUGUUAGUGAAUUGCUGACAAGUUUGAUACAAGCUGUUGAUGUCUUUACUGAGCAGCAACGAAUGGAGAUACGUGAAGAGGAUGAACGAGCAGCUCGAGAACUUGUGAAAAGAGAACAAGAUGCAGCUUAUCAGGAAUCUCUAGAAGCAGACAGGGCCAAAGAGGAGGCAAAGCGACAUCAAGAAUUGAUGGAAAACAGAGAAAAGGAGCGAAGGGAAAUCCGGCGUCAAGAAGUAGAAUUGAUAAAAGAGGCUCAUAGACUGGAAGUUAAAUCUCAGUUGCCAGAGGAACCACAAGAGAGUGCUGGUGCUGGCAUCACCAAAAUCCGUUUCAGACUUCCAAAGGGAGAAUGUCUGACACGACGAUUUCAAAUUACAGCGCCCCUCAAAGUAUUACUUGAUUUUCUAGUGGUGCAAGGUUAUCCACCAGAUGAGUAUAAGGUUAUUUCGAGCUGGCCUCGAAGAGAUCUUACUUCACUUGAUUCUAAAUUAACUCUACAAGAACUUAAGUUAUGUCCACAAGAAACUGUGAUUUUAGAAGAACGAUAAAUUUAUCCUUUUUUCCCCUUUCCCCAAAUUGACUGGACUGAUUCUUCAGUACUGAUGCUCUGAGCAGUUAAGCUGUUGGACAGAAGAUAGUGUUCAGGCUGUGGGAAGGGUGCUGGGAUCAAAAUGUACGACCAGCAUGCAAGUGAUGUUGAUAUGUAAAUAAAAUACAUAUUUGUGGGGAAUCAUUUCCUUUCAAUUCACUUGAUGUUUUAGUCUGGCUGUGGACAAUUCGUGUGUAAUAUUGUGAGAGGAUGAUCGCACUUUGUACCCCGUGUAUGUAAUAAAUUUGUUUUGCCCUUUUUAUAUACUGCAGUAUGUUCGGUUUUUGCUGAAUUUGAAGUUCAUAUCUGUAUAUAACAAAAGUAUGAAUAAACAUUUUCACUCUUAAUAUUA